AUGGAGAUGGUGUUUGAUUGUCACAACUACACAGAGAUAAAGAAGGUUAAGAGUGUGGAUGAGUAUUACAAGGAGAUGGAAGUAGCUAUGAUCCGGGCUAAUGUAGUAGAGGACCGGGAAGCUACCAUGGCUAGGUUUUUGCACGGUUUAAAUCGCGAGAUUGCGGAUAUAGUCGAGAUGCAGAACUAUGUUGAGUUGACGGAUAUGGUGCAUCAAGUCAUAAAGGUGGAGGAACAAUUCAAACGAAAGGGAUUGGCUAGGAGGGGACAACCUAUGGCUACCACCAGCUCGUGGAAGACAGCAGCUCCAAAAAGGGACGAGCAGCUACAAAAUAAGUCAAAAUUUGAAUCAUCUAAGAGUGCCAACCCAAAGACUGCCACAACUUUAGGUAACACCGAGACUUCAAGUUCUAAACCACGUGAUAUUAAGUGUUUUAAACGUCAAGGGCGGGGACACUUAGCCAGCCAGUGUGUAAACAAAAGGGUGAUGGUGAUAAAUGCCCAAGGAGAGCUUGAGUCGGAAAAUGAGGAAGAAGUAGAUAAUGAUGAUAUGCCAUCUUUGGAGGAUGCCGAUGAUGAGCAAAAUGCUGUGGUUGGAGAUUUAUUGGUAGCAAGGCGAGUUCUCAAUGUGCAGGUUAAGGAGGAAGAAAGUAACCAAAGGGAGAACUUGUUUCAUACUCAGUGCUUUUGGCUGAAUGAAUGUGGUGAAAUCAAGGUGACAAGACAAGUGUUGGUGGCAUUAUCCAUUGGCAAAUAUGAGGAUGAGGUGCUUUGUGAUGUGGUUCCUAUGCAAGCAUGCCAUUUUCUACUGGGAAGACCAUGGCAGUAUGAUCUGAGGGUUACUCAUGAUGGAUUCACAAAUAAGUAUUCUUUCACUCUUAAAAGGCAACCUAUUACUCUUGUGCCAUUAACUCCGAAACAGGAGUUUGAAGUUGUCCUUCCCGAAGAGGUACCUUAUGGUUUACCUCCAAUCCGAGGGAUUGAACAUCAAAUUGAUUUCAUGCCUGGUGCAUCAAUUCCAAACCGACCUGCUUAUAGGAGUAAUCCCAAGGAGACCAAGGAACUUCAGAGGCAAGUAAGUGAAUUAUUGAAGGGGUAUGAGCGUGAAAGUAUGAGUCCUUGUGCGGUUCCAGUGCUAUUAGUUCCUAAGAAGGAUGGAACAUGGAGGAUGUGUGUUGACUGCCGAGCCAUCAUUAACAUAACGUGGUUAGUGAUGCCUUUCGGUUUAACUAAUGCUCUGAGCACAUUUAUGCGUUUGAUGAACCAUGUUUUGCGAGCAUUUAUUGGCAAGUUUGUAGUUGUGUAUUUUGAUGAUAUCCUAAUCUACAACAAAAAUUUGGAAGAACAUGUAAUGCAUUUGAAAUCUGUUUUGAAAAUUCUAAGGAAAGAAAGGUUGCUUGCUAACCUCAAAAAGUGCACCUUUUGCACAGAUAAGCUUGUAUUUCUUGGUUUUGUUGUUAGUAAGAGAGGAAUUGAGGUUGAGGAAAAGGUGAAGGCAAUCCAUGAGUGGCCAACGCCUACAACAAUCAGCCAAGUGAGGAGUUUCCAUGGCUUAGUUAGCUUCUAUAGACGGUUUGUGCGUGAUUUUAGUAGCUUUGCCGCCCCUCUCACUGAAGUCAUCAAGAAAAAUGUGCCGUUUAAGUGGGGAAAAGAACAAGAAGAGGCAUUUAGUCUGAUCAAAGAAAAGUUAACUAAUACAUGUUUACUUGUUUUACCUAACUUUGCUAAAACUUUUGAAAUUGAGUGUGAUGCUUCAGGAAUAGGUAUUGGAGCUAUUUUGACGCAAGAAGGCAGUCCAAUUGCUUAUUUCAGCGAAAAGUUGAGUGGGGCAGCCCUAAAUUACCCACUUAUUGAUGCAUACCAAGGAGCUGGACAUGCUGAUCAGACAAAUUUUAAAACAUGUCUAAUAAUCAAGAAGAAGACACAACCGAAGAAUUUCGAGAACCUCCAGUUCCAAACCUCCAAAUGCAAGCGAAUUAGAACCUAUUCACGAAAGGUUGGGGAGAUGAGGCGUAUGUUGAGGGCUGAAUUAGAACCUAUUCACGAAAGGUUGGACAAGGUAGAAGCGGAAACUCCUAGGGGCCAGCAACAUGACAUCCACAAUAGGCAGCGUGGUGGGCAUGGCGGAAUGUUGAUGGAGAGGCGGAGUCGGAGGAGUUUGAGGAGCAAUAUUUGA